CAGCGGUCUUAUUAAUAACUCUGCAUUUCAAAGUGAGUACAGGCAUCAGAGGAUCCAUGCGCUCAUUCUUCCCUCUGCAGAGAUUUAACUAGUGACGGGGAAAAAGUCAACCCUAACAUCAAUGAAAACAGUUGUUUGCGCUGCGGCUCCCAGAUAACAGGUCCGGUCCGCUCCUUAUCUCGGCAGCGAGGUGGAGUAAGAGUCCGGUCAGCUGGGGGGCAGCGUCUAAUAAAAGGAGACCUCGCGCGCAGCUCAAGUGCUGAGUGAACUUGUGGAGCGCGAGUUCCUGCGAAUUAACGCCGCCUUCGAUGAGUCGCGGGUCGAACGGGAGACUCGAGUCUGAGUGGAGGAUUUUGCAGCAGAAGUGACUUUAACGAGCCUCUGUUUGAGUCGGUCACCUCCAGACUCGCCUUCAUUGGAGAUGGGAGACAACAGUGCGGUCUCUCCGGACGCGCGGCGCGCGGGUCCCGACGUGGGAGCGAGGCGUCCGGACGCCGCGGAGCAGCUGGAGUGCGGCCGCGUCCCGAGCGGCGCCACGCGCCUGUACAGCCGGCGCUGGGUGGUCGUGUUCCUGUUCAGCGCCUACUCCCUGAGCAACGCGUACCAGUGGAUCCAGUACGGCAUCAUCAGCAACAUCAUCACCAGGUUCUACAGCGUGGACGCCUUCGCCGUGGACUGGCUGUCCAUGGUCUUCAUGCUCACCUACAUCCCCUUCAUCUUCCCCGUCACCUGGCUGCUGGACAAGAAGGGGCUCCGGCUCACGGCACUGGUGGCCAACGGGCUCAACUGCGCCGGGACGUGGGUGAAGGUGGCCAGUGCCAAACCCGACCUGUUCGCGGUGACCAUGGUCGGGCAGUUCGCCAGCUCCCUGGCCCAGGUCUUCAUCCUCGGGAUGCCGUCCCGCCUGGCCUCGGUCUGGUUCGGCGCGGAUGAGGUCUCCACCGCCUGCUCCAUUGGGGUCUUUGGAAAUCAGAUGGGCAUCGCCAUCGGGUUCCUGCUUCCACCCAUCCUGGUUCCCAACGUGGACGAUAUCGAGGAGCUGGCCUACUAUAUCAGACUCAUGUUCUACAUCAGCGCUGGAGCGGCCACCGUCAUCUUCAUCCUCGUCAUCAUCGUGUUCCAGGAGAAGCCGGAGCUGCCUCCCACCCAGGCGCAGGCACAGGCCCGGGACAUUCCCCCGGAGAACUACUCCUACACGGCGUCCGUCCUGCGGCUGCUGCGCAACAGGCCCUUCAUGCUGCUGGUGGUCAGCUACGGGCUGAACGUCGGCUGCUUCUACGCCGUGUCCACGCUGUUGAACCGGAUGAUCAUUGAACACUACCCUGGCGAGGAGCUGAACGCCGGCAGGAUCGGUCUCACCAUCGUCAUCGCUGGCAUGGUGGGCUCCCUGAUAUGUGGCAUCUGGUUGGACAGAACCAAAACCUACAAACAGACCACCCUGGUCGUGUACCUGCUCUCUCUGGUCGGGAUGCUGGUCUACGCCUUCACCCUCAGUCUGGGUCACCUGUGGGUGGUGUUUGUCACGGCUGGAGUCUUGGGUUUCUUCAUGACCGGAUAUUUACCUCUGGGCUUCGAGUUCGCGGUGGAGCUCACGUUUCCCGAAUCAGAGGGGACGUCAUCUGGACUUCUCAACUGUUCAGCACAGAUCUUUGGAAUCAUCUUCACCAUCGGCCAAGGGAAGAUCAUCGACGCGUGGGGAACUUUAGCGGGAAACAUCUUCCUGUGUGUGUUUCUCCUCGUAGGAGCAGUCAUGACAGGGUUCAUCAAGUCGGACCUGCGGCGGCAGAAGGCCAACCUGCAGUCUGAGGCGCAGACAGAGAGGAAAGAAGCAGCUGAUCUGAAAGAUGGGGUCUCACCACCUGAAAUCUUCAAAGAGAGAAAGUUAUAAGCGCAGAAACCGUUGUGUCACACACUUUAAACACAUAAUGACAAACACUGACUCUUGGACAAACCUUAAGAAUCCACACAUGGCCUCAGGCAGAACAAGCCGCUGUGAAGGGCGAACACACGGAGGCUGAAUCCUACGGAGCAGCCAUCUGUGAGUCAUCUAGGACGCGAGUAAGAACCCGCCGACCGGCUGCAGGGCACGAUGCGCUGAGCCGACACCAUACGCUGACCUGAGCACCAGAGGCACCCUGGCAUCCCAAGUGCAACUUAGAGCAACGCCAUACGAGGCAAAAGUGGCCCACGCAGCCAGGGGAGGCACUGGUCAUUUUAAAAGAAUAUUAUUUGUAAAUUUGAUCUCUUGUCGAUUUAUUCAAAAUAGAAGAAUAAUGAUUCAAGCAACCAAAAAGCAAUAAUGAGAAUUCAGCACGACAAAGUAUCUCUAGCCUCCCUGUGAUUGAUGUACUGUUGUGUUUGAAUAUUGUGUACAGAACUACGUCAACACUUUGUUGAAAGUUUUCUUUAUGUUUUCAAUUGUUCAUUAUGUUGCAAGUAACAUGACGACUAAGGACAGUAAAGCGUUUUCUUGUCAGGUUCUCAUCACCACAUGAAGUAAGUCUCAGAGGCCUGCUAAUGUGACUGUGAUUGAUGCUGUGCGUCUGGGUUUACUUAGGAAGGUCAGUGUUGUCCUGGUUUUUACUGUAACUCAUCGCUACGUCGUGCUCAACAUAUAAGAGCAUCUGGAACAUUAGGAACAUCAGCACAAACAUGAAGGAAGAAUGAAACGUAAUGUUUUUACUGUCCUCCUGGUUUUGCACAAAAUUAUCUAUAUUAUAUUUUUGUGUAUAAAAGUGUUAUAGAGAAGAAGUAUUAAUGUUUAUGCUGUGUAAUGAGUAGUUGUAUUAUUAUUGUUUUUAUUGUUUCUAACUGUCUGGUAAUCUGCCUUUGUAUGACUGAUGCGAGGUCUUUACAGGAACAUUUUACCACGCUGUGAAACAGUUCCUACACGUUGAGAAUUUGCUGUGGGCAGUAAAUCCAAUGCAUUGAUUUUAAAUGGAACUGUUUGGAGUGACACACACACAUACACACGCACACACGCGCACGCACGUUUUUUUUUACAGAGGAGUGUUCUACUAAAGUUGAGUAUGUUCUGUAGAGUUAGCACAUUAAAAAUGAGACUUGG